GGGAGCGGCAGCAGCACCGGCAGCCCCGGCGGCGCGGCCCCGGCCCCGGCCCCGGCCGGCAUGUACCGCUCCGGGGAGCGCCUGCUGGGCGGCCACGCGCAGUCCGCGGAGCAGCGGGACUUCCUGCCCCUGGAGACGACCAACAACAACAACAACCACCAUCAGCAGGCGGCCUGGGCCCGCCGGGCUGCCUCGGGCCCCUCGGCGUCCCCGUCCCCCUCCGCGUCCUCGUCCCCACACUCCUCCGCCGCCGUCCCCGCCGUGGAGCCCGCGGACCCGGCCUCAGGCAGCAGCAACAAGAGGAAGCGCGACAAUAAGGCCAGCACCUACGGACUCAACUACAGCCUGCUGCAGCCCAGUGGAGGGCGGGCCGCGGGGGGCGGCCGGGCCGACGGCAGCGGGGGCGUGUACAGCGGGACCCCGUGGAAGCGGAGGAACUACAACCAGGGAGUCGUGGGUCUGCAUGAAGAAAUCAGUGAUUUUUAUGAAUAUAUGUCUCCAAGACCGGAGGAGGAGAAGAUGCGGAUGGAGGUGGUGAACAGGAUCGAGAGUGUGAUUAAGGAGCUUUGGCCCAGCGCGGACGUCCAGAUAUUUGGAAGUUUUAAAACUGGCCUGUAUUUGCCUACUAGUGACAUUGAUCUCGUGGUAUUUGGCAAGUGGGAGAACCUUCCCCUCUGGACCCUGGAGGAAGCCCUUCGGAAACAUAAAGUUGCUGAUGAGGAUUCGGUGAAAGUUCUAGACAAAGCAACUGUACCUAUUAUUAAAUUAACAGAUUCUUUUACUGAAGUGAAAGUUGAUAUCAGCUUUAAUGUACAGAAUGGCGUGAGAGCAGCUGACCUCAUCAAAGAUUUUACCAAGAAAUAUCCUGUAUUACCAUACUUGGUUUUAGUAUUGAAACAAUUCUUAUUGCAGAGGGACCUUAAUGAAGUAUUUACAGGUGGAAUUGGUUCAUAUAGUCUCUUUUUAAUGGCAGUCAGUUUCCUUCAGUUACAUCCCAGGGAAGAUGCUUGCAUCCCCAAUACAAACUAUGGUGUUCUCUUAAUAGAAUUUUUUGAAUUAUAUGGACGACACUUCAAUUAUUUAAAGACUGGCAUCCGGAUAAAGGAUGGUGGUUCAUAUGUGGCCAAAGAUGAAGUACAGAAAAAUAUGCUCGAUGGCUACAGGCCAUCGAUGCUUUAUAUUGAAGAUCCUUUACAACCAGGUAAUGAUGUUGGAAGGAGCUCAUAUGGGGCCAUGCAAGUGAAACAGGCCUUUGAUUAUGCCUAUGUUGUUUUGAGUCACGCUGUGUCACCAAUAGCCAAGUACUAUCCCAACAACGAAACGGAGAGCAUAUUAGGUAGAAUAAUUAGAGUAACGGACGAAGUUGCCACAUACAGAGAUUGGAUAUCAAAGCAGUGGGGCUUGCAGAACAGGCCCGAGCCUUCAUGCAAUGGUCCAGUGUCUUCCUCUUCUGCCACCCAGUCCAGCUCUAGUGACGUCGAUUCUGACGCGACACCAUGCAAAACCCCGAAACAGCUGCUCUGCCGUCCAUCCACUGGGAACCGAGUAGGGUCGCAAGAUGUGUCCUUGGAGUCCUCUCAGGCAGUUGGGAAAAUGCAGAGCACCCAAACCACUAACACCUCCAACAGCACCAACAAAUCUCAGCAUGGAUCAGCAAGGCUCUUUCGUUCUUCCAGCAAAGGCUUCCAAGGUACAACUCAAACAAGCCAUGGUUCCUUGAUGACAAACAAACAGCAUCAAGGCAAAUCAAAUAAUCAGUAUUACCAUGGCAAAAAGAGGAAACACAAGAGGGAUGCCCCCCUCUCAGACCUUUGUAGAUAGUCGGCGUUGUACGAUGGACUGUCUUCUGUGUGCAAUGAUCUCAUGCUCAGGACAGUUGGAUAGGGACUCCUGGCAUUCGGGAGCCUUACACUGUUCAGACUCUGAUUUAGCAACUGCGUUUUUUCCCAGCUCGCCACGGAACGGAUCAUGAAGGCUGACAACUGCAAAAACAAAAAGCAAGCAAAAAAGGGGGGAAAAAAAGGCUGCUCAUUUGAUAAGUCAUAUGCUACAACAGGGUCAUUUUAAGAUUUAAAGCUUGAAUGUAAAAUAAAUCUAUUUCUCAUUGGCUUUAUGCAGAGUUAUAGGGAAUAGUAGUCAGUGUGGGUAGGGUGAUAGAAACAAAAACCGAUUUCAGAGGAUGGGGUGGGGAAGGAAAACAAAAGUAUCUCAUAGGAAGUCCAGAUUCCAAAGGGGAAAGUGAUCUGUGCAUGUUUUCUUUUCUUUUUUUUUAAAUAUUUUUGCAUAUAUUUACCAUUUUAUUGUGUGUAUAUAUAGAUGACCAUAUAGGAAAUGGAUAUUUGUAAUAGUGGAUUUGUUAAUACUUUUUACAUAACAUUACUGUUUAAAAUGUAAACAGAUUUUUCUCAGGAUUAGUUUGAAAAAUAAUCUGACUUGUCAUCUUAACAUCCAUAUAUAGGGAAGUGAUUAGUUCUAUUACUCAAUUUGUUUUCCUCAGCAUUGAAAUGACUUACUAGAACCCUUGUGACCUGCUGCAAAAAUUUUUCCUCUCUAAAGAAAAGGUUUAUGGUGGCAAAUGACGUUUUAUUUUUUAAAAAAAAAAAAAAAAAAAAAAAAAAAAAUGUACUAUGUACUUUUGUGUAAACACUGAAAAAUCUCUAGUCAUCUCUAAGAAUUACCUUGCAACUGUUUUCUAUAGUGCUGUCGUCUUGGGCAAUGGGCAAUUACAUGACUUUGUGUUUGUUUCCUUUGCAGUCUUUUUUUUCGUUUUGUUUUUCUUCCUAAUAGGAAAAAAAAAAAAAGGCCACCCGCGUCCGGUCCCGUUCCUGUUGCAGCGACUCCCCGAGUCCCACAGACCUUGCAUGCUGGCUCCUCUGACCCUGUGUACCGCGCGCACUUGUGUUUCCAUCUCUUCUUCUUUUUUAAACCCAUGCUUAACUACUGUGGGAGAGAAUAACUGUAAACAGCUUUAAUUAAAUCAUACUUAUAAAAAACUAUUUUCUUAUACUCCACUUUAUGCUUUUGGUAUUGUUGAUCUUUAAAAAAUUAAAUGGUCUUUGAUAAUGGAUCUAUUUUGUAUUGCCUUAUUAAGACCAAAUACUUCUUGUCAUCCCAUUCUUUAUCCUCUCCUUCCAUGGAAUUGUUAUCUUUAAUUAAAACUUUUUAAAACAUUGGCUUGUUUCAAUCCUACUGUAAAUUUUGGUUGUGGUCAGCUUUGAGCUCCAAUGAGAUGUAUAAUUCUGUUAUCCAUCACAUGUUGAGUUUGAAACUCGGGAAUAUUGACUAUAGUAGGAUGUAAGUGACGUUUCUGAAAAUGCUUUCGUUCAAUGUGAAAGCUCUUAUGUUUAGCAUCAGUGUGUGUUGUGGCUCUGUUAAUUAUAGCCAUUUCUGAAAUGAGAUUCUUUUACGUAUAUAUAUGUAUAUAUAUAUACACACAUACAUAUGUGUGUAUAUAUAUAUGUGUGUGUGUAUAUAUAUAUACACAUUAAGUACUAUUGGCUUUUAGGAAUUUCUUUUAUAGACAUUUAUGAAAUACUGAAGAUCAAUCAGACCAUUAAUGGACACUUAGUGCAACUUUUUUAAAGAAAAUAAUGCUAAAGUAAGACCAAAACUGAUGUCAUCACUGAAAUUAACAGUUUUCGAUAUGUUCGUAUUUUAAUUCACAACGGAAGAAUGUGUUCCACAACUGGAAACUCCUAAUACUUGUGUAAACCGUGGAAAAUUUUAAAUGUGAUGUUAUUUUGACAAUGUUUUAAAUUUUCGAGCCCCAUUUUACUCUGAUCAGAAUUUUUAUCAAGAUGUUGAGCUUUUGUUCUUAGAAACGAGUUUGUCAUAACAUACCGUGCAGAAUCACAGUAUUUAUUUCUAGGACUCUUGCGAAUGUGUAGACUGACGUUUACCGCUAAGGGAACAAUUAUUUAUAAAAUAAUAUUAAAUCCAGUAUUAGCUGCCUACUUCAGACACUUAAUACUUUGCAGAGAUCCAUUGUUACAUUUACCACACUGAAGUUUUUUUCUUUUGUUGUUUUGUUUUAAGAAUCACCCUCAUUGUUGAAAGUAAAUGUACUCUUAGGGAGCAGAUAUUAGCGUUCCAAUAAGCAUGUGAUUAUAUUAAGGUGGUGGUAGCGGGAAGAUAAUCUUGAUUCCAUUGGGAAUCUUAGGUUUUCGUAAAUUUAUUGGGAAAAUAGUUUUUCCUGUACUGCUGAAGUUUCUUUUUGGUAAACAGUAUCUUUCUAAAAGAAAAAGCAUGAAGGAGAAAUUGAGGUGUGUACAUAUCCUCAAAUGACCAGCAUUGUACUCGUGAAUACUGUGUAUCUCUCAAUGAACAGGGUGGAAGCUGUUCAUUUUUCAAUCUGAAGUAAAAAUACUUUCAAGAA